UGUCUCUAAUCGCAUUUAAUACUAUUUUGCUUUUUCUGUUGGAGCAGUGUCGGUAUUUUUAUUUCUGUUUUUGUAAGGACUUGUAUCUUGAUUUCUGAAGCCAACUUUGGCUUUAGUUUCUUUUAGCUCUCGUUUAUCGUUUGGAGGGAGGGUUCUUUUCCCCUCUAUUCAUUCUCUACCUUUAACUCGCUAAAGUGUGUUGAUCUUAAAUAUGGGGCAGGUUGCUCAAGAGAUAGGAUCAGAAGCCAAAUUUCAGAAGGACUUUCUAGAUCAGCUGCAAAUGACAAUGAUUAAAGCUCAAGCAGGGGUAAAGAACAACAUUAGGAAACUGAAGAAGAGUAUAAUCAAGCAUGGCUCUAACCAUAUUGUUCAUGUGGUUCUUUUUGCACUGUUUUGCUUCUUUGUUGUCCAUAUGUGGUCCAAAGACUGCUGAAUAGGUGUAUAUGUCGACGAUGGAAAAAGUCUCGAAAUGUCAAUGUUGCUCAGUUUCUGUAAAGGUGCUUGUGUAUUUACUUUAUGUUUUGUCAGUAGUCUUGAUAAAAACAUCAAUGAUUAUAGGUUUCUUCUGAUAUGCUGUGGUAAGAACGCUAGCGAAUGAUUUGUAUAUUCUUGCGCAUUCGUUUAUUCGUGCCGGGUAUUUUGUGCAACGCUUGGA